CCGCCGUGCCCCGCCGGGGAGCUGGGGGCGCUGCGGUGCUCGCUCGGCGCCGCCGCCGGGAGGGCCAUGGCGGAGGGGCUGGGAGCCCGGCAGAGCUUCAGCCGCCCCGCGCCGCCGCCGCAGACGGGCUGGGAGCGGCUCAGCGAGCUGUGGCGGCGCGACGAACUGCAUGGGUACCCGGAAGAGACGGUGAACAUCAUCAAGUCGGCGUUCACCGGGGGCCUGGUCGGCUGGCUGUACGGCGGCCUGCCCGCCUUCCGCCAGGGGCGGAGGGCCUUCAUCGAGGGCAGCCAGGGAGAGCUGUUCCAGAACCGCGCCGAUGCGGUGCAAUCUGCGCACCGUGCUGGGCUCAGGAGCUUCAUCCGCUAUGGCUGGCGCUGGAGCUGGCGGGUGGCCACCUUUGUGGCCAUAUUCAACAUGGUGAGCACCGGUCUGUCUGUGUACCGCGAUAAAACCACCAUCAGUAAUUUUGCUUCAGCAGGAGCCUUCACAGGAGCUCUCUUCAGAAUGCACUUGGGCCUGCCUGGGCUGGCAGGCGGCUUCCUGUUCGGAACAGCCUUUGGGAUCCCUGCAGGGGGCCUCUUAAUGAUUGUGCAGAAACUUGCUGGUGAGACUUUGCAGGAGAAGAGAAGUCGUGAGCGCAGGGAGCAGUAUGAGAAAAAGUUAGCAGAGUGGCAAUCCAGACUUAGUGUGACUGAAGACUUGGGUGAAAUGGAAAGCAAUGCCCAGGGACAAUCACAGACAGAAAACAGCAGGAGAAUCUAGGAGCUGCUGAGUCUUCCUCAGGUCUCCGUCGUAAGCAGCUACAAAGUAUUUUGAUUUUACUUAGAAAAAUCUUCAUCCAAAGGGACAAUGGAAGUGUUCUGUGAAUGCGGUUGUAUCCUUUGCACUUCUGAAAAAAACAGUUAGCUGAAAAUGUUUUUUGUGGAUUCAUAUCACUGCUCGAGAGCUUGGAAGGGCGAAACCUGUUCCACUUCAGGAGGUGGACGGGUUGGCUCUCCAGGCUGGCAAGUGUCAGCUAGGUUUGGCUGAGGAUGAGGGCAGCCCCAGAGCCUCUACUAGAACCCAUUUGCUGCUGAAAAUGUCCAAGCCGUUGGUGAUGUAGAAGUACUGAAAGUGGAGGAGCCUGCUAAUGCUAAAGGUACCCUGAUUCCGAAAGCUAAUUUUGUUCUGGUGAAAGCUGCUUUUCAGACAGCGCCUGAAGCCCCUGCUGUCAAAGCACAAUACAGGCAGCACCAGUGCGAGUGUUCCUCCUCUCGCCACACCAUGACUUUGCCUGGCUGGGACCGGUUUGGUUUUGCUGAUGAUGGCUUCUUUGUGCUUUUUGCAGAAAAACACAUUUGUCUCUUACAGUGCUUAGGGUAUUUCACAAUCAGUUUUGGGGAAGGGUGGAGGAGAUGGGAGUGGCAUGGAAAUACCCUAAAAAAGACAUGUUUUGGGUUCCACAGUAGAAGGGUGGCUGAGGGGUCUAUGGAAAGGAUGACCGUUUCUGAUGGUAGCGGUGGAAGCUUUGGCUCAGUGGUCGGAUUUAGCAGCAAUAAAAAAUUCUCUAAUUUCACGUGAAGGUUGGAAAUUAGGGGAUUACCUCUGGGGGGAAAUGCGGUUCAUGACACUCAAUAAAGCCAUCUGGCAGUGGUGAUUGUGUCCAUAA